GAUUGUUGUGUUUUGUGUAGUUCAGCGUCAGGGCUAUUUCACCUUAUGAACAGUAUGCGAGAUGAGAAAGAGGAAAAUAUGCGUCAAACUGGGAAGAAAGUUGCAAUCCGUGCAGAAUCUAGCAAAUCCUGUUUUUCCAAGAGAGAUACAGAAUCUAGCAAAUCCUGUUUUUCCAAGAGAGAUACAGAAUCAGAACUCAUUGCAUCAUGGAAGCUAAAGAAAGGCAGCAAAAUAUCGAAGGUUGAAAAGCACAAAUCUAAAUCUCAUGUAAAGACAACCAAGUCAACCCUGAUAAAAAAGAAAUUUCCUGAGUCUCCAAGCAAGGGAACAGGGAAUGACUCUGGAAGCAAAAAAUCCAUUAGUAGAAAACUUCUGCAUAAAAAGCUCGAUAAAAUCUCUUCCAAGAAGCUUGCAUCUUUGAAGCUUCAAGGUAAAAGUUCCUCACUUGUUAAUUCUAAGGGGCAUGGAAAAGUAAUUAAUGGUGAUGCUGAAACAAAGAAUCAAACGAAGAAGAAGAAGAGGCAAAAGGAGAAGGUGGAGCAAGAUGAAGCCUCACGCUUGCAGAGGAGAACAAGGUACCUAUUGAUUAAAAUGAAGCUGGAGCAGAACCUCAUUGAUGCUUAUUCUGGUGAAGGUUGGAAAGGUCAGAGCCGAGAAAAGAUAAAGCCAGAGAAGGAACUGCUGCGUGCAAAGAAGCAGAUACUCAAGUGUAAACUUGGAAUUCGUGAAGCUAUUCGGCAGCUUGAUUCUCUUAGUUCAGUCGGAUGUAUUGAAGGUUCUGUCAUUGCUCCAGAUGGAUCUGUUCACCAUGAACAUAUUAUCUGCGCAAAGUGCAAGUUGCGAGAAGCCUUCCCAGAUAAUGACAUUGUACUCUGUGAUGGAACAUGUAAUUGUGCUUUCCACCAAAAAUGCCUUGAUCCGCCAUUGGACACUGAAUGCAUACCUCCAGGAGAUCAGGGCUGGUUUUGCAGAUUUUGUGAAUGUAAGAUGGAAAUAAUAGAGGCUAUGAAUGCUCAUAUCGGGACCUGCUUCUCUGUUAACAGCAAUUGGCAGGAUAUUUUCAAAGAAGAAGCUGCUUUUCCUGAUGGUGGGAGUGCAUUGUUAAAUCAAGAAGAAGAUUGGCCUUCAGAUGAUUCUGAAGAUCAUGAUUAUAAUCCAGAAAGGAGGGAGAACAGCUGCAGCAUCAGUGGGGCGGAAACUGAUGAUGAUGCAAGCAGUUCUACCAGCUUGAGCUGGUCUUCAGAUGGUGAAGCUUUUUCCAAAUCUAUGAGGUGGGAGAUGGAGGGCAAUGACUAUAAGCAGUAUUCAGGUGAUAGUAGUAUAGGUUCUGAUGAAAACAGUGAUGGGGAAAUUAUCUGUGGCCGUCGACAGCGAAGGACAGUUGAUUAUAAGAAGUUAUAUGCUGAAAUGUUUGGAAAGGAUGCUUUGGCAUAUGAGCAGGUUAGUGAAGAUGAAGAUUGGGGUCCUGCAAAGAGAAGACGGAGAGAAAAGGAGUCAGAUGCGGUGAACACCCUUAUGACUUUGUAUGGAAGUGAGGAAAAAUGCCCAAAUGUUAAAGCCAUAGAAGUGAAGGAGAAACUUUCUUCUGAUGCAAAAAUUAGGAGGCCAUUCUUCAGAAUUCCUCCCAAUGCAGUUGAGAAGCUUCGCCAAGUGUUUGCUGAGAAUGAACUUCCCUCUAGAACUGUCAAGGACAACCUUUCCAAAGAGUUGGGUCUUGAACGUGAGAAGGUUAACAAAUGGUUUAAAAAUGCAAGAUACAUUGCGCUAAAAACAAGAAAGGUAGAGGAAGGAAACCAAGUUCAUUAUGCUCCUAAAAUCUCCAAUGAACCGAGAUUGAAAGAUGCCUUAAAAGAAAAUGUGUUAUGCACACCAAAGAAUGUGAAGAGGAUCAAACAGAGAAAGGAUUCAAAAUCGCUGAGCAGUGGCUUGAAGAAAAAUCAACACAAAAGACCUUUAGAAUCACCUGCAAAUAGCAAUCAGGUAUGCUUCAGCUAAAUUCCUGGUUCUUUCUCUAUUUCCUGCUCUUUCUUUCUUUCAUUUUACCUCUUUCUGCAAAUUGGAAGUAGCUUUAGGUGGUUGGUAUUAUGUAGGAUCACUCGAGUUAGGGUUGACUAAGUAGACUGAGUAAAAGUUUGCAUCAUAAACUGAUUGAAAUUAUUCGGUGGUGUCCAAAGUAAAAGUUCAAAAGAUACUCCUGGUACUGGGUGAAGUAUGUCUCUCAAAUUAGACAUUCACCCAUGGUGCAGA